UGGCUCGUGGAAACCAGAGGCGUGACCCGGCGAGACCCGCGCUCUGGGCUCUCAGGUGGAAAUUCUGCGGCGAACUGACCGCGGGCACUCCAGCGAAGCAUGGUUCCGUGGUACCUUUGUGAGUUACUGCUAGUUUUCGCCACUGUCUCCAUGUCUAAGGACCUGGGGCACAGAGAGCUACGCGGGGCAUCGCGAAUCCCUUCCCACUUCAGCCGAGAGGAGCUCGUCGCUAUGAAAGAGGCGCUGAAAGGUGCCAUCCAGAUUCCAACAGUGUCUUUUAGCCAUGAGGAGUCCAAUACCACAGCCCUGGCUGAGUUUGGAGAAUACAUUCAUAAAGUCUUUCCCACAGUGUUCAGCACCAGCUUUAUCCAGCAUGAAGUUGUGGGACAGUACAGUCACUUGCUCACCGUUCAAGGCUCAAACCCCAGCCUGCAGCCCUACAUGCUGCUGGCUCACUUCGACGUGGUGCCCGCCCCUGAAGAAGGCUGGGAGGUGCCCCCAUUCUCUGGGCUGGAGCAUGAUGGCUUCAUCCACGGUCGGGGUACCUUGGACAACAAGAACUCCGUGAUGGCAAUCCUGCAGGCCUUGGAGCUCCUGCUGAUCAGAAACUACAUCCCACAGAGAUCUUUCUUCAUUGCUCUGGGUCACGAUGAGGAGGUAUCAGGGACCAACGGGGCUCAGAAAAUCUCAGCACUGCUACAGAACAGAGGCGUCCAGGUGGCUUUCAUUGUGGAUGAGGGCAGUGGUGUCUUGGAAGGAUUCAUUCCCAGCCUCAAGAGGCCCUUUGCCAUGAUUUCGGUCUCAGAGAAGGGUGCAAUUGACCUCAGGCUGCAAGUAAACAUGACUUCAGGCCACUCUUCAGCUCCUCCAAAGGAGACAAGCAUUGGCAUCCUGUCAGCUGCCAUUAGCCGACUGGAGCAGACUCCAAUGCCAAACAUGUUUGGAAAGGGGCAGCUAAAGACGAUGUUGCAGCAGUUGGCGAGUGAGUUCUCCUUCCCUGCCAAUAUAGUCUUGAGCAACAUGUGGCUAUUUCAGCCCCUCGUAAGCAGGUUGAUAGAUAGAAAUCCUAUAACCAACGCGAUGAUCAGGACCACCACAGCGGUCACCAUGUUCCAUGCCGGGGUCAAGGUGAAUGUCAUCCCCCCGGUGGCACAGGCCAUAGUCAACUUCCGGAUUCACCCUGCACAGACAGUCAGUGAGGUCCUAGAACUCACCAAGAACAUCGUGGCUGAUGACCGAGUACAGUUCGAAGUGCUAAGAGCCUUUGACCCUCUGCCCAUCAGUCCUUCUGAUGACCAGGCCUUAGGCUACCAGCUGCUCCGCCAGACCAUACUGUCCGUCUUCCCGGAAGUCAAUAUUGUUGUCCCCGGAACUUGCAUUGGCAAUACAGACAGCCGACACUACACAAACCUCACCACCGGCAUCUACCUGUUCAAUCCCGUCGUCUUGAAGCCUUCAGAUGCAAACAGGAUUCACGGAGUCAAUGAGAAGAUCUCAGUCCAAGCCUACGAGACCCAGGUGAAAUUCAUCUUUGAGUUUAUUCAGAAUGCUGACACAGACAGGAAGCCAGUUCCUCACCUGCACGAUCUGUGAGGUCGGGGAGCCAGCUGGGUUAAGAGGACCCCACUCUAGGCCAAGAGUGGGGAGGCCAAUGUCGAUUGAAGUUUUGACUCAGGGCCAGGGGCUUAGCUCAGCAGCAUAAGCGCCUGCCUGGCAAGUACGAGAUCGUGAGUUCAAUCCCCAAUACCAAAAAAAAUAAAAGAAGAAGUAGUUUUGGCCCAAACCACAUCAUUGCCGGCCUGCCUAGAUUACUCCUAAACUCAUCCAUAAACAAGGCCUGGCGUAGGCAAGACCAGCGGAACUGUGGCCUCGAUUUCCCUCCACCAUCCUGCUCUGCUGACUGCCUGCACUUACUGCCUCCUUGUUCCUCCCCUCAGACGUCUGUCUUAUGCUAAUUAUUGAACUGUUCCACCUUUGAGCUGACAACAAACACAGGGUUUAAAAUCCUCAACAGUUCGAUUCCUGAUAUCAAAUAAAAUAAAUCCUUAACCAUG